AGAUAAAUCGAUGAUUGCAGCGUGCUCUGUUUACUUUAAGCCACUCUGUUUUCUGGAACGCUGUCUGCGCUUCUGAGGCUGCGCCAUCUCUCCUCAAGCCCGGCCGCUUUGACCAACAGCAGACAAUAAUCUCUAACCUAAACUUCAAAUCAUAGCGCGAGUGCGCGUGCGCGAGUGAGCGCGCGUGCAGGUCUGAGGCGCUCGCGCGUCAGUUGAGGAUAAAACGGGCGGCUCCUCGACCACAAACUGACCCCGAGUCAGUCCACUGAUAUGGGAACUCUCCGAUUGAGAUGAUUAUCUCCUGAAUUUCCUGACAGCCUCGAGUCGCAGCUUGGUUUUUACUUUCGCCCCGCCAUCGCCGCGGUGAAAAUGGCGAUGAUUUCAGGGUUCAUCUUUCUGUGCAUGCUCCAAACUGCAGUCCCUCAGGGUCUGGCACCACGUGGACCCCGGCCGAUACCUGGGCAAAGUGACACCCCACCACUUCCUGAGCCUCCUCGCCUACCUUCAGGUUGUCUGCCUGAAAUCGUGGACUGUCCCGUCAAGGUUUUUUUUACCAUUGACACGUCGGAGACCAUCGCCUUGCAGGAGGCCCCGCCUGGAGAGCUGGUGAAAAAAGUCAAAGAGUUCACAAAAAUCUUUGCUCAGAAGCUGGCUGAUGAGGAGUACAAGGGCCAGAUCAGGAUCACGUGGUCUGUAGGGGGCCAGAACUUCUCCCAGGAUCAGUUUGUCUUCAGCCAGUUCACAACUAAAGAGAACUUCAUCAGGAACCUGGGCAGGGUCAUUUACAAGGGCAAAGGCACCUACACUGACUGUGCCAUCAGAAAUACGAUCCAAAUGUUGACCCCGAGCUAUGGCGGGAGGAAGGAGGUUCUCUUCUCAGUGUUUAUCACGGACGGUCAUGUGACAGGAAAUCCAUGCGGGGGUAUAAAGGCGAUGGCAGACAAGGCCCGGGAACAAGGGAUCUAUACUUUCUCAGUGGCAGCGUCCAGGAAUAUUGAUGAGUUAGGGAUGAAGGAGAUAGCCAGCUCUCCUGUUGAACUGUACCGGGACGACUACCUAGCUGUGGAUAUUGUUGAUGGAAAAUCAAGAAUAAUGGUCAAAUCCAUCGAACGGAUCAUAAAAGCCAUGAAAUAUCAAGCCUAUUUACAAUGUUAUAAGCCCAGAUGCUUUGAGACUCCUGGGAUCCCUGGGCGGAAAGGAUACCGAGGUCCAAAAGGUUUAAAAGGAGACCAAGGUCAAACUGGGCGAAAGGGUCUAAAGGGAGACCAGGGGGAUCCUGGCAUUGAAGGACCAAUUGGACCCCCGGGUCCUAAGGGUAUGACUGGUUUCAAAGGUGACAAGGGUGAAAUGGGAGAAAUUGGAGCAACGGGUGUGGCUGGAGAGCCAGGCAGGAAUGGAACUGAUGGUCAGAAGGGACACCGUGGCCGAAUUGGAGCUCCUGGUUGCAAAGGGGAUCCGGGUGACAAGGGACCAGACGGUUACCCUGGAGAUGUCGGUGAUCCUGGGCUUCGUGGGGAUCCAGGACAUAAGGGAGACCCGGGACUCCCUGGGAGGUCAGGCCCAACUGGUGGGAAGGGUGACACAGGACCAAAGGGUGAAAGAGGAAAUCCUGGUGGUCCAGGGGCACCAGGAAAAAAGGGAUCUAAGGGGAAUCCUGGAGAUAUUGGGCCUAAAGGUGAACCGGGAAGGCGAGGAGACGCUGGGCAGAAGGGAGGACAAGGUCCUGAUGGGAUUAAAGGAGACAAGGGGGAACGAGGACCAUCGGGGGCCAGAGGGCGACCUGGGGAAAUUGGAAUAAAGGGUGCCAAGGGAGGACCAGGACUGCCUGGACCGAGGGGCAUUCCAGGAGAACCAGGGGGUCCAGGAGGAAUUGGCUCAAGGGGAGAUCCUGGAGACCCCGGACCUGGGGGCGACCCUGGGAUCCCAGGACCAAAGGGGGACGAAGGAAGACAGGGAUUCGACUAUCCUGGACCAAGAGGACCCUCUGGUGAUAGAGGUGAUCCAGGUAAAAGAGGACCCAGGGGGAGCAGGGGUGAUUGUGGCGCCAAAGGAGAUCCUGGAAAUAAAGGACCUGAUGGAUUACCUGGGGAUCCAGGUCAGCCAGGUGAGCCAGGAGAGAGAGGCGGCAGAGGCGACCCUGGACCCGAUGGAGGCCCAGGGCCAAUGGGUGAUCCUGGCCUCAAUGACUGUGAUGUCAUGACUUACAUCAGGGAGACGUGCGGUUGUUGUGACUGUGAGAAGCGCUGUGGAGCUCUAGACAUUGUUUUUGUAAUCGAUAGCUCAGAGAGUGUCGGGAUGAUGAACUUCACCCUGGAGAAGAACUUUGUUAUCAACACCAUCAACAGGCUGGGAAAUAUGGCCACCGACCCCGCGUCCACAACCGGUACGAGAGUCGGAGUUGUCCAGUACAGCCACAACGGAACCUUUGAAGCCAUCCGUCUGGACGACCCAAACAUAAACUCCAUGUCUGCCUUCAAAGCGGCUGUGAAGAAUCUCCAGUGGAUCGCCGGAGGCACCUUCACGCCCUCAGCUCUCAAGUUUGCCUACGACAACCUUAUCAGGGACGGCAAGAGAGUCAAAGCCAAAGUGUCUGUGGUGGUGAUCACUGACGGACGCUUCGACCCGCGGGAUGACGAGGAUCUGCUCAAAUACCUUUGCAACGACGACCAAGUGGUGGUGAACGCCAUCGGGGUUGGUGAUAUGUUCAGAAUAAAGCAGGAUGACGAGAUCUUAAGCUCGAUAGCUUGUGACAGGAGGGAUCGUGUUGCUCAGAUGAAUUCGUACAUCGACCUGGUUGCUGAGGAUUUCAUAGAGAGGAUUGAGACGGUGCUGUGUCCUGAGCCGGAGAUUAAAUGCCCUGAUCUUCCCUGUAAAAGUGAGCCUGAUGUUGCUCCGUGUGUUCAGCGACCAGUGGAUUUGGUAUUCCUCCUCGAUGGCUCAGAGCGUCUUGGGUUGGAAAACUUCCGCUAUGUCCGUGAAUUUGUGUCUGAGGUUGCACACAGGCUGGUGAUGGCCAAAACCAAGGCUGACCGUAUGCGAGCCCGCAUGGCGUUAUACGAGUACGGUGCAGAGGGCGACAACCACGUAGCCUUCCCUCUCACACAUGACCCCGCUGUCAUCGCAGACGGAAUAGCCCGCUUGCCUUAUUACGACUCCUCGUCCAGCGUGGGGCCUGCUAUCUCGUACGCCAUCGACAACAUUCUGGGGACAGGAAACGGCCGCAAGACGAGGCGGAACGCAGAGAUCUUGUUCGUUUUCAUCACGGAUGGCAUCGCUGACACCAGGAACCUGGACGAGGCGGUCAGUGCCAUGCAUAGGGCACAGGUUGUCUCCACGGUGGUGGCUACAGGAAGUGAUGUGGACCAAAAUGUCCUAAUGAAACUGGCGAUGGGUGACCAAGACGCCAUCUUUAAAGGACAAGAACUCUCAGGUUUGAUUCGGUCCCGUUUGUUUGAACGUUUCAUCCAGUGGGUUUGUUAGAGAAAGAGGGCAUGGGUGCAAACAUGGUUUUGGUGCUAAUGCUGAUAACCAAGCAUUUUAGACAAGAUAAUGAAUGAUAUUUCUAUUACACACUGUACAGUCUAGUUCAGGGGUGUCAAACUCAAGGCUCAGGGGCCAACUCCGGCCCGUGGCACAGUUUUACCCGGCCCACCAGAUCAUAACAUAUUUUUAUUAGAACUGGCCCACCAGUAUGAGGUCUGCACAUUUCCUCCAGUAUAACAAUGUAAACUUAACCAUAAUGAUUGAAAAUAUAGGUUUUAAGUCAUAAGAAUAAGAAAGGAUUAAUAAAUUUGAUAAAAAGUCAGGAAUGUAGGAAAAGAAACUGUUUUCAUUUUGUAUUUUCAAAUUUGAAUCUCAAAAUUAGGACUUAAAGUUAUGGUUUUGCCUUUUUAUAUCAUAUUUUGACCUACUAGAUUCACAAGUUUAAUUUUAAGCCCAAUUCUGACAUUUUAAACUCAUGAAUUUGAAUUUUAUCUUACAUUUUGACAUUUUCAACUCCUAACCUUGAAUUUUAAUCUUAACAACCUUUCUGAUUUAAAAUAAUACAUUUUCAUCUCAUAUUUUGACUUUAAAACUCCUGAUUUUGAAUUGUAUCUCAUAUAUAAACCUUUUAAACUCUAGAUAUAGAAUUUUUCUCAUAUCUUAACCUUUUUGACUCCUAAAUAUAACUUGAAACCUUAAAUAUUAACCUUUUUGAUUCAAAUUGUUAAUUUUUUUUAUCCCAUCUUUGGACCCUUUAACUCAUUGUUUUAAAUUUUAU